AUGAAGGCGGGAAAACUCCCUUGGACCCCUCGGGUGUCACCAACGUGCGACUGGGCCCAUCUUCUACCGAGUGAUUUCCGGGCUGAACCCUUCGGGGUCCUUGCGGCGCGCGUGGUCCGCAAGGUUCUCAUACACAUCGCGGCGCGUAUCUUCGGAGAUGCGACUGUUGCCAUAGAACACGUCCUGGAUCCAGAUAGAGUGCUUGCGCAAGCCGCGCGCCUGGAAUCUUCGCAGCUGGCUUACCGCAGUAUCGUGGCGCUGGACGGCCUGGAACCUGUCCUGUUCAGCCUUUGCAACCGUCUGCUCUCGUUCGUGGAGGAGAAGGUCGAGCUGGAGACUGUGUUCAAUGGUCUCGUGCUUGAAGUGGCAGGACAUUUCUGCGCGCUUGACGGCAUCCUGGAUCGAGAGAUCUCCGAAGCGCCGCCAGAUAUCGUCUUUGUCCUGGACUGCCACGUCUCGCUCCUCUCGUGCUGCAUUCCGAUCACGAACGGCUUCCUUCUCCUUACUCCAGGCGACAUCGCGAUCCUUCUCAACCUGCUGACGGGCCGUCACCGCUUCAUUCUUUUCUCGGGUCGCCCGUUCCAGCUCUUCCCUGACGUCCCGAAUGCUCUUCUGGAUAUGGGCAAUUGCAUCUUCACCUCUGGUCUCGAGCAGCGUAAUGCGCGUCUUAAGCCUCCGCGCCUCCGCACCCAGACCCUCUAUCUCACGAUCUGCAACCGAUUCGCGAACGUUCUUGAGCUCGCCGGCCAGGCGUUUCAGCUGCCGCUGGGCGUCCUCACGCUGUUUCUCGGCUUCGGCAUACUGUUCCUCGGCGAGGAUUCGCGCAUGGCGGGCAAUAUCGAGCUCCUCGGCAAUGCCUCGGAUCUUAUCCAAGAGCUCGUCGCCAUUGUGCAUGGCCGCGCGAACGUGGCUUUGCAAAGCAUCUCUGAUGGCGAUAGCCUCGACGUGAAGUUCGGUGCGGAUCUGCGAGACGUGGAUCGAUGA